CCGCCGAUAUCCCCGAUCCGGGACGUUUCCGCGUCGCGAGGAGGGGACUCGCGACGCGUCCAUAUAUAGCCGCAAACCCGGAGCCGCUCCUCCGGACCCGAGUGCGCGGCUUUAAGAUUUCGGUAUACCAUGGCCGUGACCACGAACGACAGUGCCCUCGAGGGAUGCGACUCGUCAGGGGAGAUUGGCACGGAUGGGAAAGAUGCCGCCCCAUCUCCAGGAGGACUGGGCACGAGACACCUGCAGAUCUUGCUGAUGUUCUUGGGAAUGAUGCUAGGUUAUUCUCUCAGGGUGUCCAUGUCGGUCGCGAUAGUUGCCAUGGUGGACAAGUCGACGGCAAAUCCGAAUAUGAAGGAAUACGAUUGGAACCAGGAAAUCCAAGGUCUACUCCUCAGCUCGUUCUUCUGGGGCUAUGCAAUCACUCAGGUACCGAGUGGGUACUUGGCACGAGUCUGGAGUGCUCGCAAAGUCCUCGCUUUGGGCCUUUUUUUCUGCGGCCUGGUAAACGCUGUGAUUCCUGUUGCCGGUGACUAUGCGGACUGGGGAGCGGUUUGCGCUUGUAGAGUCAUCAUGGGUCUUUGCCAAGGCUGUCUCUUGCCCUGCAUUCAUACCUUGCUGUCCUCGUGGGUACCUCCCUCUGAAAGAGCGAGGCUAGGAACAUUUGCAUACGCUGGAGCUCCGGCUGGGAUGGUGAUAGCAAUGCCAAUUUCUGGACUACUUGCAGCUUCUGCUUUGGGAUGGCCAAGCAUUUUCUACAUAUUUGGAGCCUUGGGAAUGUGCUGGGGCUUGGCUUUCUUCUAUUACGGGGCCGAUUCGCCUGCCGUUCAUUCUUCCAUUUCACAAGAGGAAAAGCUCUACAUAGAGGCGAGUUUAGGCACGUCUUCGUCAGAGAAAGAGAACGGCAACCAAGAAAAGCUGAAGAUUCCGUGGGUAAAGAUCCUCACAUCCUUGCCGAUGUGGGCCUUGAUAAUCACUCAUUGCUGCCAAAACUGGGGCUAUUGGAUCCUGGUCACGAAGAUCCCCCUCUUCAUGAAGUCCGUUCUUGGCUUCGAUAUCAAAGACAAUGGGUUCUACUCGGCACUACCUUAUUUAGCAAUGUGGAUGCUAAGUAUCCCGAUAAGCUGGCUAUCCGAUUUUGCUUUGAAGAAAGGCGCUACCAAAGGCUUUGCCCGCAAGGUUUCCAACAGCAUCGCUUUCCUGGGACCAGCCGCAGCCCUUAUUAGCCUCUGUUUCGUGGAUGCCGACAAUAAAUCACUGGCAGUCUUCAUCCUCGUUUUAGCGGUAGCUUUCAACGCAGGAUCGGUAUGCGGUUUCCAGAUCAAUCACAUCGACCUCAGUCCAAAUUUCGCCGGGCCCAUGAUGUCCAUCACCAACUGCAUGGCUUCCAUCGUGGCCAUACUCGCUCCCAUCCUCGCCUCAGUGGUCGUCUACGACGAGGAGAACGUGUCCCUCUGGCAUAUCAUAUUCUACAUAUCAGCGGGAAUCUACGUCGUGGGAGAUGCGGUCUUCGUUUUGUUCGGCCAAGGGGAAGUUCAGCCAUGGAACGACCCCGAUGUAGUUCCUGAGAAACACAAGGUCAUCAGCGAUAAGCCUUGAGCCGCAUUCUACCGCUCGAGUGAAAGUAAUUGAAUAAACGAACGUGAGAUAAUUAUUUCAUUGAAAGCAACCGAGUAAAUCGAGUCGUUAAUUAAUAAUUGCGACUAGCUCCGGGUCCGAGUGAUGUCAAAGCGAAACGUUAGAAUGCGACUCGGUUCCACGGUGCGAAAUGUCAACGCGACGUUCCUAGAGACAUAAGACGUCUUAAAGAGAAAGAUCCAGCUCUAGUUAGCGUAUCUAGAAUCUAAGAGCAAGGAACUCUCUAAAACGCAACAACUUCCUUGCGCCUCCUACAUGGAUAUACAAGUUCUCUUCCUUUAUCCGGAACAUAUUUGUUAAUAACUCACUUCUAGUGCGCGAGUUCCGCGAAAGGGAAAGAUUUCACAAUCUCCAUGGAAGAAGCCGAAAAACGUGAUUCCCCGUCCAAAACAAUAUUCUCAUGCAUUCAUGGAUGCAUUCGGCAUUUAUUGACGGCUGUUUAAGUAUGCAAAACAACGUCGAGUAAGUGCUAUCGCCUCCCGAUGAGAUGGCCCGCCGUCUUUACGUGACAACGGGGCGGUAUUCUUGUCGCUGUAACAAUACAUCGAAGACGACGAUAAGAAAGUUAUCCGAUUACUUGCCCUGUAUUUCCCAAGAUUAAACUAAUAAAUAGUACAAAUGUUUGAAGAAGUAUAAAUUAA